UUAGAACCAAGAUGGCGGAUAAACCCGACAAAAGUUCCGAAAAAAGCUUUUUUUCUCGUACGGCGAGCAUUACCACAAAAAGAGCCAAGCGUGCUCAAGAAAAGGUGAUGCAAAAGCUCGGGAAAGCAAAUGAGACAAAGGAUCUUACAUUUGAUGAGUUCGUAAACAACUUCAAUAAACAACAGAGUGCAGCUCAAAGGUUACAUAAAGAAUUGAAAAAUUACUAUUCGUGUAUUAGAGCAAUGUUAGUAUCUAGUGAUGCGUUUGCAGAUGCAGUGAGAGAAGUGUAUGAACCUGAUUGGCCAGGAAGAGAUAAACUCAUUCAACUUAUAGAGGAAUUACACAGCCAGUGGUCUGAUUUAGUAGAAAAAAUGGAUGAUGAAGUUAUUAUUCCUCUGACAGCAUACCAGAGCCAAUUUCCUGAUAUAAAGGCCAGAAUAAAUAAACGAGGUAGAAAACUUGUUGACUAUGAUCGAUACAGACACAAUCUUGAGACACUAAAAUCCAAAGGAAAGGCAGCUGAUCAAAAGAAGCUUGCUCAGGCAGAGGAAGAAUACAAUGAAGCAAAAUCUGUUUAUACAAAACUUCAUGCAGAAUUAUAUGAAGAAUUACCUGCUUUAUUUGACAGUCGUAUUGGUUUUUAUGUGUCCUCAUUCCAAAGUAUUUUCACUGCUGAAGGAGUAUUCCAUAGAGAAGCUGCAAAGACAAAAACUCAGAUGAAUGAUCUAAUGGAUGGUUUAAUUCAUGACAUGGCAACUGGAACAUACACUACUAAGAGACCUUAUCCCGUGGCUAGUGAGAACCAAGUCUCAGACAGUGAUGAAAUGGACACUCAAACAACUUCAUCACAUGCAGAGAGUGGGGAUGCAGUAGCCUGCAUUGACGAAGCUAACCCUGUGGAAACCAGUGAUGAUGGAACAGUCAAUCAAGCUGAAAAAGCAGUAGAUGGAGUCGAUGCCCUAAACCCCUUCAUGCAGUCUGACCAUGAUGAACAGGAUGGGAGUGGGGAGACUGUGACACAAGCAGAUAAUCAACAGAAACCCAAGCCAGCUGCCAGACAACUACCCCCACAAUCACAGGUGGAAAAUGCAGAAAAGAAAGCACCAGAGAAACCGUCUGUGCCAUCUUUACCAUUGAAAAGGCCUUCACAAUCAGAAGCUGAAAGCACAGAGGGAUCACCCUCAAAUGAAGAGGCUGCACCUGUCUCAGCCUCACAGACAGAACCUGUUCAGCCACAGCCACAGCCACAGCCACAGCCACAGUCACAGGCACAGCAGCAGCCGCCUGAAGGAAGAGGACCUGAAAUUCCUGGAUUUCUUUACAAGGUUCGAGCUGCAUACAGAUAUGCUGCUGAAGAUGAUGAUGAGUUGUCAUUUGAGAAAGGAGAGAUCAUAAAUGUUGUCGAGUUUGAGGAUCCAGAGGAACAGGAUGAGGGCUGGCUCCUUGGUAUCCUAGAGCUGAGCGGAAUUAAGGGUGUUUUCCCGGCAAAUUUCACUAAAAGAAUUUAAUUGAUAAUUUACUUCAAGUGAAGAAAGUUCAGUUAUGAGUAUGAUGGUGAUAAUGUUCUAUUCACCAGUCCUGUCAUCAUUAUGUU